GCUAAACUUUAGGGUUUAUUCCUUGUCGUCUCCUUCACUAAUCUACUCCAUGGCAAAAUUGGCUAAGAAUUGAUUAAAAAGAGAACCCUUUUCAUUUUCUCAGGAUAAGGAUUGAGGGGGUAAAAGUGCACAAACGCCGAAAUUUGAAGCGGCAAAGUGCAUAAACUACGCAGUUUAUUACUUCAAUUCACUUGUAAUUGAACACCAACCAACGCGCAAACACCAGCAAAGAUGAGUGCACAGCCGCCGCAAACGGCGCCGUACCAUCAGCCCGCCACCCUCGAAGAAGUCCGCACCCUUUGGAUUGGCGAUUUGCCUUAUUGGGCUGAUGAGUCAUACCUCCACAGCUGGUUCUCCCACACCGGCGAGGUAAUUUCUAUUAAAGUAAUUCGGAAUAAAAUCACAGGCCAACCAGAGGGUUAUGGAUUCGUGGAGUUUACUUCUCACCAAGUAGCUGAAAGGGUUCUACAGUCCUACAAUGGAACACAAAUUCCUGGGACUGAGCUGACUUUUCGGUUGAAUUGGGCAUCAUUUGGGAUAGGAGAAAAGCGUAUUGAUACUGGACCAGAGCAUUCUAUUUUUGUAGGGGAUCUAGCACCUGACGUCACAGAUUAUUUGUUGCAAGAGACUUUUCGAACCCAGUAUUCCUCAGUAAGGGGGGCCAAGGUAGUGACUGAUCCAAAUACGGGCCGCUCCAAGGGAUAUGGGUUUGUUAAGUUUGCUGAUGAAAAUGAAAGGAACCGAGCUAUGACUGAGAUGAAUGGUGUAUAUUGCUCGACUAGGCCCAUGCGCAUUAGUGCAGCGACUCCUAAGAAAACAGCAACUGGUGUUCAACAGCAGUAUGCUGCACCUAAAGCAGUAUAUCCAGCUCCAGUUUAUACUCCACCGAUUCAGACAGUUCCAGUGGAUAACGAUAUAAAUAACACUACCGUCUUUAUCGCUAAUCUGGACCCAAAUGUCACAGAAGAAGAACUGAAACAGAUAUUUUUUCAAUUCGGGGAGAUAAUUUCUAUCAAAAUUCCAGCUACCAAGGGUUGUGGCUUUGUGCAGUUUGCCACCAGGACGUCUGCAGAAGAAUCAAUCCAGAGGAUGCAAGGUACUGUGAUUGGUCAACAAGUAGUUCACCUUUCUUGGGGAAGGAAUCCAGCAGCAAAACAGGAUGUAUCUGGCAUCUGGGGUCAGUCAGCAGAUCCAACGAGUCAGUGGAGUGCUUAUUAUGCUUAUGGACAAGGAUAUGAUGCCUAUGCAUAUGGAGCUAAUCAGGAUCCUUCAGCAUAUGCAUAUGGUGCAUAUGCUGGUUACUUACAGUACCCUCAGCAGGCUGAAGGUGCUCAGGACAUGGCAGCUAUGUCGGGUGUUGCUCCAGUUAUGGAAAAUAGAGAGGAAAUCUAUGAUCCUAUGGCUAUGCCAGACGUCGACAAGUUGAAUGCUGCCUAUCUUGCUGUUCAUGGAAGGGCUAUUUUGGGACGGCCUUUGUGGCAGAGAACCUCAUCGCUGUCGUAGGAAAUUUUAUCUGGUAGUCAAAAGGCAAUGCAUCUGCUUUUUGAGUCUGUUGUGACCUGCCAGUUGUAAGCAAGAAAACUAUAGUACCUAGUAUAAAUCUUGAUUUGGCAUUAUGUAUACCUGUUCUGCUACCUUCAGAUGUCACCCUUUGCUUUUUGCCAUUUAUGUUUCGAAAUAUUUUCCUAAAUUCAUUGGGGGCAUCGAAGUCAUCAAUAUUAUUAUUAGUAUUUCUUCUGGAUACUAA